UCAAGGCCAGCUGCAACAAGCUAAGUGAUGAUGUGAUCAUCAUCAACGCCAGCUUCAAGCUACAAAAGUGUGUAUAUAUAUAUAUACCUGUUGGAUCCACUGCCGAGGAAGGAGAGAUGAUAAGAAUUCAAGAGUUUGAACUUCUGGAGGCGUCUGUCGGCGGAGAAGCACCGGCGACGUAUGACUCCGGCGGAGGAAUGCUGUCGGAAAUGAUCCCGUCUUCGUCUCUGCGCAUGUUAAAGUUCCCCGGCGGCGGCAACAAUUCAUCCCUGGAAUCCAGCUUUGUUGAUCAAGGGUUACACCAAUACAACACGUGGAUUCCGGCUCCCGAUUCGAGCAGAAUUGGGACGGUAAUGGAGGUGCAAGGCCUCUCUUUAUCCCUAUCAUCUUCAAUGGAAGCUGCAAAGCUAGAAGAAUUGAGUUCCAGAAACGGCGGAAUUUACUCAAACAACAUCACUGGUAGUGCAGAUCAGCUACUGUUACAUUCAGGAGGAGUUGAUGUCGCCGGAUACGGUGGUGGUGUGGCGGCGGCGGCGGAGUCAACCAGAACGGUCAACGUCCUCCGCAAUUCGCGCUACUUGAAGGCCGCUCAGGGAUUGCUGGAAGAAUUCUGCUUCGUGGGGAGAGGGAAAUUGAAGAAUCUAAUUAGGGCCAAGAAGAACAUGAUGAACAGUGAUGAGAGUGGAAACCCUAAUUCCGACCAUGAACAUGACGGAGACCCUCCGCCGCCGCCGCCGCCGUCAUCAUCGCCCGCCGUGAGGUCUGAACAUCAGAACAGGAAAAUCAAGCUGUUAUCUAUGCUUGAUGAGGUAGAUGCGAGAUAUGUGAGAUACAGUGAACAGAUGCAAACAAUGGUAAAUUCAUUUGAGUUGGUGGUGGGAUACGGAGCGGCGGCGCCGUACACGGGGCUAGCGCAGGAGGCGAUGUCGAGGCAUUUCCGGCGGAUAAAGGACGGAAUAGUGGGUCAGCUGAGGGAGACGUGUAAGGUUCUCGGGGAGAAAGACGACGGCGUCGGCGGGAGGCGUGGGUUGACCAGAGGCGAGACGCCCAGGCUGAGAUUCAUCGACCAGAAGCUCCGCCACCAAAAAGCUCUCCACCAGAUGGCAAUGGGGAUGUUCGAUUCUGAGUUCUGGACACCCCAGAGAGGCUUGCCUCAACCUUCUGUCAAUACCUUGCGGGCUUGGCUCUUCGACCACUUCCUUAACCCGUACCCAAGUGAAGCAGACAAGCAAGUGUUGUCACGGCAGACAGGUUUAUCAAAAAACCAGGUGUCCAACUGGUUCAUUAAUGCUAGGGUUCGGUUGUGGAAGCCAAUGGUGGAAGAAAUGUACCAGCAAGAGGCCAAGGAAGAAGGCGACAACGCCAAAGAUUCUCAAUUGAUUGCCGAGGAGAAAGAUCCCUCACACAACAUUAUUGUUUCUUCCGAAAAUCAACCGAUGACGCUAGACUCCUCCAUCUUACCCAAUCAUGGUGACAAGUCACUACUGCCAGUCACUGGGUUUUCACUGAAAGCUCCGGACAGCUGGAGCGCCGGCGCCGGCGCCGGCAAUGGUGGGUUUGGGGCGGUGGCUCAGGUGACAAGGGACGUGUCUCUGACUUUGGGACUUCAACGCAUUGAAAAUCUAUCAAGGAAUAACAGGAUUCCAAUUAAAGACUUUAGGGCUUAUAAUUAGAAUUGAUGGAUGAUGAUGAUGGUGGUGGUGAUGAUAAUGACCGUAAGGUAAUAAACAGAUGAAACAUGAAUUGAUGUGGUAGAAUAAAUUACCAUUACCCAACCA